AUGCUAUUGUCUGCUUCGCAUUAUGCAUUGAUUGUAAUAGUCCUGGCAACAACAGCUCUAUUUGUAGCGGCAUAUUGCGUACGGUCAAAUCAGGCUCAUCGACAUAUUGCACCACUUCCCAUGCGAGUUGUUGUUCUAACUCAACCUCAACAAAAUGAAUUACAACAGCAACAAAUGUGUUGGUCAAUACCUAUUGAACAACUGCCACCUCCGUAUCAUACAGUUGUUGCUCGAAUGAAUGACAAUUCUAAUUUCGUGUUUGCUAACAAUGCAUCGUGA